CCAACAGCAUUGUAACCAACUUGACAAAAUCAAAAUUUCAAUCGCCAUCUUACCUGAAAUUUAUUAAACGCCAUAUUUGACCAAAACGACAUUGAGCUCGUAAGUGAAAAAUCUUUGGAAUUAAAAGUCAUCUGUGCAGAUUGUCGAAUUAAAAUCAGCUGCUUUUCGGCGAACAUAAAAUUUUCGUUAACGGACAUCAACUGAAAAGCUAAAUAUGGCCACAGAGCACGAUAUUCCCACAUUCAAAUGCGUACUCGUUGGUGACGGCGGUACUGGCAAAACAACGUUCGUUAAACGGCAUAUGACUGGCGAAUUCGAAAAGAAAUACGUAGCCACACUCGGUGUCGAGGUGCAUCCAUUGGUGUUCCACACAAAUCGUGGAGCAAUUCGUUUCAAUGUUUGGGAUACAGCCGGUCAAGAGAAAUUCGGUGGACUUCGGGACGGAUAUUAUAUUCAGGGUCAAUGUGCCAUUGUCAUGUUUGACGUUACAUCGAGAGUCACCUACAAGAACGUACCGAAUUGGCAUCGAGAUUUGGUGCGAGUUUGCGAAAACAUUCCGAUUGUGUUGUGCGGCAAUAAAGUUGACAUUAAGGAUCGUAAAGUGAAGGCGAAAGCAAUCGUUUUUCAUCGAAAGAAGAAUUUGCAGUACUACGACAUCUCCGCCAAAUCCAAUUACAACUUCGAAAAACCUUUCCUAUGGUUGGCCAGAAAAUUGGUUGGCGAUCCAAAUCUAGAAUUCGUUGCAAUGCCAGCUCUGCUGCCGCCUGAAGUGAAAAUGGACAAAGACUGGCAAAUUCAAAUCGAAAAGGAUUUGCAAGAAGCUCAAGAGACCGCACUGCCCGAAGAAGAUGAAGAUUUGUAAGCAGAACAACAACCACCACCACCACCACCACCAUCAACACAAAAAAAAACAACAUCAACUGCAGCAUCAACAACUCUACACAUUUAUAUCACACACCAACACAUUUACAACAUUUUGUCAUCUGAAUAGAAAAAUAAACAUUAGAAAUCCCGAUAAACAUAAAAAGAAGCAAAAACAUCGUCAGAGAAUGGAGAAAAACACUGGGCAAUCGGAAGCGCUCACUUUCGUUGAGUGUGUAAAAUUUGUUAAUCGUUCAGAAAGCUAAUGUCUCUUCUCUCUCUCUCAAUUAAUUGUUUAAAUGAUAUUGUGUGUGGUUAAAUAUGGAGGGGGAUGGUGAGAAUAAUUGAAAUUAACUUAAAAUAAAUUAAAAUGAAAAAAAAAACUAAAAAAAAACUUAAUCUCUCAAGUGGAUUUGAAUAAGCUAAAACAAAGUAAAAAUGAAAAAUCGAAAGUCGAUAAAAAGUUGAAAGUUUACUUUUAUUGUUCGAUUCGUGUCGAAGGUAUAAUAGAAAUAAACGAGAGAUACAAAUUGAACGAAACCAUCGGGGUAACUGAACGACUUAACUUACCAAAAAGAAAGAAAAAAAAACGAAAACUGAUCCUCGAUUAUGAUUUAAAUGAUUUUAAUGGGAAAAACUUUUUGCCUUUUUUUAUUAGAACAAAGGAAACAAGAAGACGUAAAAGAUGAAAAUUGCCUUUUUAUACUCUCUUUUCAAAUGAAAUUUACGAAAAGUGUGUGUUGAUUAGUCGACGAAAAUAAUUAUUCUUUUCGUCCCUUCUUCAUUAUGAUACAAAAAGAAAUUUAAGAGACCGUUAGUCGUUAUGUUAUGCCGAACGUUUUGCGUUAUUAAUUAUUUUUUUAUUACACCUCUGUCGUUCAUUUAUUAUUUUUUUUGUUUUGUUUUCUUCCUUUUUUCCUUACCUUUUAGAUACUAAGCCAAUAGAAUGGAGAGAUGUUUUCCUUUUUCAAUUAAAUUAAGUUUGAAAUUUUUCACAAUUUUUUUUUUUUUUUGUUUCAAUUGCAAACGUUUCUAUUUUGGAUAUCAAAAGAUUUUCUCUCUAGUUAAAUAACGUAAACAAAGGAAGAAGAAUAAAUAAUCUGACUCUAAGGUGUGAGAUGAUAAAACAUUGUGAACAAUAAAGAAGAAAAACGAAAAA